AUGUUAAACAAUCAUAGCAUAAACCUCUUAAACAUUUUGUACAUUAAACUUAACAUUCUAACUUGCAUUGAUAACAACCAUCAGAUUAAAUAUUAUUACCAUCAUCACAUUCUUCAAAACCACUUAUAAUUCCAUCUCCACACAAAUCUGAGCAAGGAUAAAUUGUUAAAUGAUUACAGGUCAAACAUUAUUUUGGGCACUAAAAUUUACAAUUUGUGCAACCAUCAUUAAUUUCUUAGUUUCCAUCUUCACAUUCUUCAUCGCCUGAUAAUAUUAAGUCUCCACAUAUUGGGAUGCAUAAAUUGUCAAUAUUCUAGAAGCCCGACAAACAUGUAACUAUGUCACAUAAUUCAUUAUGCCAUUUAAAUAUUUCAUUUCCACAUUUUUUGUAACAUUAUGAUAAGCUUACAUCUUCAGAUGAUGGACAUGCUUAACAGGUAUCACUAACUUCAUAAUAUCCUAAUUAACAUAUACACGUGA